GGGCAAAAGAAGAAUUAUGAACAAUGAUGUGCCACUGACACCUAGGCUCUACAUCUACAUUUAUGAUGCGCACCAGAAAUGUACCAGUUGCGCGUGUGGGCAUGCGAAGGGAAGAAGGAAGAAGAGCAAGCGCAGGCAGGUGGUGGCAUGGAAGGUGGCGGCGGCAGCUCCGGGGGCGGCGGUGCCGGAGGGGCCGAAGGAGCCGGCGGUGCCGCCAAGGCGCCAGCCGAGGGCCCCAGCACCUACCUGGAGGAGUCGGCCGUGCGCCGGGCCGAGCCUCAGGACUGCCCCACCAUAAUGCGCUUCGUGCACGCCCUGGCGCACUUCCACAACACGCCCGAUGCCGUGCACAUCAACCUGCAGCAGCUCGAGCACGCCAUGUUCAAGAGUCACCCUCGCGAGCUGUGGGCCUUCCUCGCCACCAUCCGGCGCCAGGACACCGGCAAAGCGAUGGUGGAGGCCGAAGAGGCACCCGCCGGCAUGGUCACCUUCCACUACCGCUACUCGGCGGCGCUGGGUGGCCGCAUCCUCUACAUCGAGGACCUGUUCGUCUCGGAGGAGUGUCGCGGACGCGGACUGGGCGUCGCCCUGCUGCGCGCCGCCUGCGAACAGGCGCUGCGGGACACCUGCCGGGUCGUCCAGUUCAAGGUGCACAAGGACAACAAGGGAGCUCAGAGACUCUACUUGAAAAACGGUGCAUUGGACAAGAGCGAGGCGGGGGAGGUGCGCCUCUUCUCCUUCGACCGGGACAGCCGCUUCCCACAUCUGGAGGAGAAGGAGAAAGCCCGCUAAGGGUCCUGGCCCGUCUUCUGGAGCCGGGGACGCCGCUGAUCUCGCGCUCUUCGAACCUUUGGGGUUACGUGCGUGCAACCGAUCGGAGCAGUUGGAAUGCGAAAUUAAAACGAACCUUAGUAGCCGAGCACUAUUACGUGUGGCUAUGUCUCUGUGUUGCUUUCCUAUGUACUAUUUUACUUUCUUUUCGCCAUAACAACAUUUACUAUAACUUUUCUGAUGACAGUAAUCCAGGCACAAGGAGCCCGGCUACACCAAGACAUGGCGUGGCUGCCCGUGCGUUAUAUACGGAGUGGCUCACAGGUAACUUUUUGUCGGUGCAUGGUUGUCUGGUUUAUGCACAUUUUAUUUUUGUCGGGAGAGGGAGGGGGGUUAUAAUGAAUGUGGACCACAGGUAGAAUCUUCAACUGACAGUAUGUAACUUUCUCGUCUCUUAUAUGUCGCGCCUUUGAUGUCACCAGAAACCUAGUUAUCAGGAGUUUUUUUUUUUUUUUGACAAAUGAGGCCCUGGAGUCUAGGCUCCGAGUCUACUUGUCCGUUACGCAUUUUGAAUAUACCUUCUGUCAUCAUCGUUCUUGUUUCCUUGAGAAAUGGCGCAACGCACUCACCGUCACACAUAUAGUUGCUCUUUGUUUUCCUCCUCUUUCUCCCUCAGAACAGAGUAGCUGGAUAAAUUAAGGUGCCUCAGGACGAACUCUAUGUCUUUGUAAUUAGGUUUUUCUCUCUGUGAGUGUAUUUUUUCUCUUUAUUGUCAGGCGACAGUGGGUAGCUAUGGGAUGGUGGAAGGAGUGGGACACUUAGUAUUUCGAUUUCUAACAGAGAGCCACAGCAUUGACUGGCCUCUCAACAAAGGGCAUGACUUUGGGUCAUUUUUUGUCUAAUGACGGCUGCCGCGCUCGACAAGCGAUGCUCGACCACCCACUGUAAGUAGACCCAACUUGUUUGCUCUCUUACAAAACUAUUACCACUACAUGUGGCCCAAAAGCACAGUAGCCUUGUAUGUACUUGUCUAACUACUUGCUUUAUUACAUCAAAACCGCAGGCAUAACUGAAGGUUUU